AUGAUAACGGCUCUUGAGAGUUGAGAGUGAAAAUAUUUCACGAAAAAUUGUACAAUUAGAAUACCAAAACAAAUUAUCAUGUUAAAUCAAAUUUUAUUUUACAAAUCGGUUAUACGUUGUUGAAAUUUUUCAUCUGCUUUUUUUUAUUAUUAUUUGUUUAUAUUUAUUGUUGAAUUUUACAUAAUGGCGACAAACGUAAAACAUUUCGUAUCUUGUAUCAAAAUAUGUGGAAACCCAAUUAUCCCACCUUUGAUAUCUACUAAAAAAAGACAAGAAAUGCGAGAUUACAAAGAAAAAGCUUUGGCGUUAGAACAGAAACUAAAAGGUAAAAGAGUAAGUAUGGACAGUGGGGUAAUGACAGCAAGUACAGAGAUGCAAAAAAUUGAUAAUCCUGAAUCGCCUAUCAGCAUUAAUAAAGAACCAAUAAUCGAUGAGAAGCAAGACGUAAAAACAGAUGUAACACAUAGUAUUAUAUUCAAAAACAAUGAAAUCGGCAAUCCAGAAACGCCUAUUUCAAAUUCUAAUAUUAAAAAAGUUGGCAUUAGUAAUAUUUUGUUUCCUCAGCAAAAUCAAUAUUUAACAACUGAAGGCGUUAGUUUAGUAGAAAAUAGUUCGGGACAGGAAAAUACUGAAAACAGUUCCAGCAUAACUGUAAAUGAUUUUACUCCCAGUGAAGAUGAAAUAACUGAUAAUACAGAUAAUACACCUCGCUUAAGGAGUAAUUCGUAUACAUUGUUAACUCCGAGUCCAGUUAUGGUAGCCUUCCUUAAUAGUCAAAUACAACAACAAUUAAUCAAACCAAAGUGUUUGGAUGAAAAAUAUUUUUCUGUCGAAACUAAAUCUGAACCACCUAGUAUCUGUAAUAAAAAUAGAAUUGAUGAGCAUAAGUUGACUAAAAGUUCCUCUCUUUGUUCUAUUCCUGAACCAAUCAACAAUGAAGAAUUACUUAAAAACUUCGAAGAAUUAAAAAAGCACACUGAUAAAUCAAUAUACCAUAAUCCUAAUACUGAUCAAAAACAACACAAUAAAGAAAGCAUUUCAUCGUCUCAUGGAACAAACUUGAGUAAUGAUGAAAGCUUAGUAGGUAGCGUCAUAACUGUGUAUAACGGAAUUAAUUAUGAAAAUGACAGCAGUUUAAACUCGACAACUAGACAUUGUUGUUGUAAACAAAGUGAUGAUGAAUCUAUAAAUGGUAGCAUUCACUAUAAAACACCUGAUGAACUGAAAAUAGAAACAGAACGAUUAAGAAAAGCAAAGUUAGAUAUUGAAAAUAGACAUCAACAAGAAUUAUCAAACUUAAUAAAAAAACAAAGAGAAGAGCAAGAACAAAUUGCUGUUAGAUAUUAUUUGAUUUCACAGAGUUCAUCUGGAAUUUCUAUUGAUGGAUCUGAGUAUUCUGAAACAUUUCAGAAAUCAGAUAAAAAUUCCUUGUCAAUCCAAUCUGAAACAACACUUACUAAUGACAAAAGUGUAUAUUCAGAUACUUCAUCUAUUAAUUCUAAUUAUUCUAUAAAUAAAAGCAGCAUUGCUUGUUCAUCGCCUAGGCUUAAAACGCCUCUGCGAUCACCAAGUUUGCAACAAAAUAUAAAGUUUUAUCAUAGAAUACGAAGUGGCUCAAAUGCAAGAUGGUCUAAGGCUCCUACUGAUGUGGAAAAUUCAGCAGCCACUGUCAUUAAUGCAGGUGUUCGUGGUUAUCUAACUAGAAGACUUUUAAAAACUGAAAAAGCUCAAAUGUUGAAAAAGACUAUUCUAGAUUCAUUAAAAACUGCUCUAUUAAUGCACGCAGAGUUAAAAAAACAACAGCCAACAGAAUCAGAUCUUGAUCUUCAUCGAAGAAUCAUCAAUCAGCUAACUACUGCUUGCUAUGAUCUAAAUGAUUUAAUUUUGGGAUCUGUGCAUGAACGUAUGGCUAUUAUUCGAGGAGAUCGUGAACGUCUAAAAACUAUCAAGCUGCGUCGCAAAUCUACCCCAGUAAUAUCACAUAAAACAACUCCUACACUUAGACAGCUAAAGAAAUCAUCAUCGGGAUAUUCAUUAUCAAAAAAAACAUCUGGACAUUAUUCUGAAAAAAACACCACUAAAAAUAAUUUAUAGUACAAUGUUAUUUAAUGAAAAAAUACUAUAAGAUUCCAUUUGAAUCGUAUUACUUUAAAUAAACACUCCCAACUUUGUAACACAAUUUUUAUUUUUAUUUAAGUGUAAGUAAAUUUAAGAUUUAUACCAAAGAUGCCGUCCUUAUUUUUCUUAAUUUAAAUUGUAUUUGUUUUUCAAAAAUAUUUUGUUAUUACAGCACUAAAAAUGCACUAUAUUUUUUAUAUUUUGUAUUCACAUAAUUAAAAGUUAACAAGUAAUGUUAAGUUUAAGUCAAAAAUAAUAUAUUAUUAUAGUUGUUCCUAAUUAGUACAAAU